AUGUCGCUCAAACAAUCAUUCUCCAAGGCGCUCAAGGAGCUGCGCUUCCACCACUGCCAAACCUCGGAACACAGCGCCGCCCAGUACCCUGCCAUGAAGAAGGCCAACCCUCACACCCCCAUCUUGAUCCGCGAAGCCCUGGAAGUCGAGCCGAGAGUCUGGGCAAGAUACGACUUUGGCAAGGAGAAGAGCGCAAGUCUGAAGGGUCUCGACAACAAGGCUAUUGAGAGCAAGAUUGCUGAGCUGGUCCAACAAGCUCAAUAG